AUGUUAUAUGAUUUGGAGAGUAGUCGCAUAUUAUCGAAUUGUGGCUACUCACCGUGCUCCAGAAUAGGUGUGCUUCUUAUGGCAGAAACCGAAGAGUUGUCACUUGAGUGGAAAGAAGCCGAGAUGGAAGCAGGUGCAUUCGACGAAUUGGCGGAAGAGGUGGACGAGAAUGCUGACGAAUUGAUGGCUGCCAUUGGAGAGGAAGCGUUGGAACCGGAAGAAAGCGAUGGAAUAGACGAGGCUGGUGAUGGAAUCUCGCCCGAGUUGUCCUCGAGCAAAUCGGAGUCCUGCUUUUUUAACGUCUGCCGGCCCAAUGAGGCCAUGGUUACAGGUAGACUGGGCGCUUUGUUGCCGAGUGAAUGGGUUGCUUGCUGCGUGUCACCAGGUGAUGGUGUCAGGGCGACUCUUUUCAUCUUCAACCCACAGACUGACGGCCAACAGACCUCAUGGCCGGCGUCCCAUGUCACCGGGUCCGAGGGAAGAAUGGUCGUCGCGGACAUCUUCGUCACUGGCAGACGAGGUCGUAGGCCGAGCUGA